AAUAAUUUAGAAAUUUUUUGGCAUCAUUGUUUGUUUAAUGUAAUUAAAAUUCUAUUAUAGGAAAAUAGAUCUAACGCUUUUACCAGCAGUCAAUAAACUUCUCAAUUGUCAUUCGUUAAAGGAGAAAAUAAAUCGUCCAACCUAAAAUAAACGCUGUUUCAUUCAGAUAAAACGAUUUAGAUAUUUCUUUUGUAUUUAUCACUAAAAGAUAAUCAUUUACUUUUUAAUAAACGUUCAACAGCGAAUGCUAUUGUUAUGCAUGUUAAUACGCCAGAUAUUUACAAUGUGAUUAAUCUACUACCAAACAAAGAAAAGACAUGUACAAGUUAAACAUUUUAUUAUUCUUUCACUAUUUUGCAAUUGUUGCAGUUUCUGCUGAUAUAUCAGUAGUGGAUGACAAUUUUUGCGUAAUUCAUGAACCUGUUUUGAAACUUUUUUCUUACAACUUUACAAGUCUCACAAGUACAAAAUAUAUUUCAAAUAAUGAGUUUUUCAAUGCAACUAUACGUUUGCAAUUAUGUUCUCCACUGAAAGAAAAAUGCAAUGGGAAAGAUGGAUAUGCAGUUUGCUUGACAAAAAACAAAGAAGAGAAAGGAAUAGGAAAAAUGCGUCCAAAGGUGAAUAUAAAAAAUGGGACGAUAAUGUUUGUAUUCACAGGUGAUGAUUGUACAGCUGAUACUAAAUACACUGUAAAUAUUAUUAUGAAAUGUGAUUAUGAGGCUGAGAAUAAUUCUCAUCCAGAAUUAUUUUCUCAUACAUUAGAAUUAUGUAAUAUAUAUAUGAUGUGGAAAACUGCUUUUGCUUGUGGACCUCGAAUUAAACAAAAUUGUACAGUAACACAUAAUGGAUUGCAUUACGAUCUAUCACCUUUAACAAAAUAUUCACAAAAUUAUGUUGUUCAUACGGGUAAUAGAAUAUCUUCAAAGAUUAUAUUAAAUAUUUGUCACUCUGUAAUAUUUGAACACAAUGCUUUGUGUCAAUUACGUUCGGGAGCUUGUUUACAGAGUUCUACAGGAACUGAAUAUGUAAAUUUGGGUGAUGUUCAUGACCCACCAUUUAUAAUAGAUGGAGCACUUAGACUUGAAUAUCAGGAUGGAGAUUUGUGUAAAGUGAGAGAUAUUACAGAACCACAUAUUAAGACAUCUAUCUUUUUUAUAUGUGAUUUUGAAGCUUUGGAUACAGUUCCAGAAUAUACUGGAGGAAGUGAAGAAUGUCACUAUCGAAUAAUGUGGAAAACUGCAGCAGCUUGCAGUGUGGAAUCUUUACGUAAUCAUAGUACAGCCACUGCUGGCAAAUGUACAGUGACUAAUCCUCUCACAAAUUUUACAUAUGAUUUGCGACUUUUAAUGAAUAAAAAUUCUUAUACAAUAAGAAAAAAUGGCACAGAAUAUAAAUUUGGAGUAUGUAACUCACUUGUGAAUUUAUGUGCGUCAGGAACAGGUGUUUGUCGUAUUAAUUCAUACACAUCCAUGGGAAAGGCUAAUACAAAUUUAAUGUGGGAAGAAGGUGGACCAUAUUUAAAUUAUACAGAUGGAGAUGUAUGUAAAACUGGACAACGACGUUACACAAUUAUUGCAUUUAUAUGUGGAGCAGAAGGAUCUCCUGAUGGACCACUUAUUAUGGAACAAGAUGAUUGUCAAUUGAUUAUACAUUGGAACACUAAUUUAGUUUGUGGGAAUAGGGUAAAAUGUGUGACUGAUGAUGAUGAAAUAAAUUUAAGUUCAUUGAUAAAAUCUACCAAUAACUAUGUCGUAAAAAUAAAUAAAACUGAGUUUCAUAUAAACAUAUGUAGACCUCUUAUUUCUGUAUCAGGUUUAACAUGUGCUCAUGGCAGCGCAGUUUGCAAAACUUCAUUAAGUUCGGAUAAUGAAUAUGUAAAUGAGACCAGUUUAGGGUUUCCAAAAGAAAGUCCUGUAUUAAAUAAAAACCAUGAAACUGUAUUACGUUACGUGGAUGGAUCUCCCUGUCCUGAGAAUCCAAAAAAAUCAAUUUCUUCCAAUUUUACAUUUCCGUGUUAUAAUAAUGAUAAGGGAUUUCCAGAAUUUAAAAAAUAUGAAGACUGCACUUACAUUUUUGAGUGGAAAACAAGUAUAACGUGUGGUGCUACAAUGGGAAAUUGGACUUCUCCCUGUAUAAUAAAAGAUCAAUUACUUUCACAUGAAUGUAAUCUGUCUUUAUUACAUAAAAAUGAGAAAAUAUACUAUGUGAAGAAUAAACAAGGAAAAGAAUAUAGUAUAAGUAUAUGUGGAGAAAAGAGCUGUAAUGGUUCUUCUGUAUGUCAAGGAAAUAAUGGUUAUGGAUCACUGACAAACGUAAUUUUUGAUUAUGGUAGAAAUGUUAUAAAACUUCAAUAUUCUAACGGUAGCAAAUGUGGAAAUAAAAAUAAUUCCUACACAUCCGAAGUACGAUUUAUAUGCAACGAGUCUAUAGGAAUUGGCACACCAAAGCUGUUAUGGGUAAGUUUUUACAAUAUGUGUGAAAGAUUAUACGAAUAUUUAUUUCUCAGGUACGUUUUUAAUAAUAUAAUAAAAUUGUUUUAACAUUAAAGAGUACAAUACAAUAAAAAAAUCAUUAAUUUAAA